GCGAGCGAGCGAGCGAGCGAACGCCGGGGAGGGGGCCGGGAGCGAGGGGGCAGCUCGGGAGCAGCCGGAGCGGUAGCAGCGGCGGCGGCGGCGAAGCUCGGCGCCCUCUUCUCUGCAAACCAUGUUUGCCAAAGGCAAAGGCUCGGCGGUGCCCUCGGACGGGCAGGCUCGGGAAAAGUUAGCUUUAUACGUCUACGAAUAUUUACUGCACGUAGGAGCACAGAAAUCUGCACAGACCUUCCUGUCGGAGAUUCGAUGGGAAAAAAACAUCACGUUGGGAGAACCGCCUGGGUUUUUGCACUCGUGGUGGUGCGUAUUUUGGGACCUUUACUGUGCAGCUCCUGAAAGGCGAGACACUUGUGAACAUUCAAGUGAAGCAAAAGCCUUUCAUGAUUACCUCCUGUUGUGUUUUGGAAGACAUCUCGCCUGGCUUCUGGCUUGCCAGUGUUCUUCUGAAAGCGUAGCUUCCAGAACUGACCUCCAGCCCCUACGCUUUGGCUGGGCACCCUCGAAGUAUCUGCAGUUGGCAAGAGGGAAAAGUGUGGCAGGGGCCGAAGAUGCUCUUGAGUCAAGAGCUGGCUGUGAUCCGCUUUACUCUGUGAGCGCAGCCGCCGCCCCGAGCCCGGUGCUUGGCAACAUUCCCCCCAACGAUGGGAUGCCGGGAGGCCCCAUCCCGCCAGGUUUCUUUCAGGGUCCUCCGGGGUCACAGCCCUCGCCGCACGCACAGCCUCCACCUCACAAUCCCAGCAGCAUGAUGGGACCCCACAGUCAGCCUUUUAUGUCACCGCGAUACGCAGGCGGCCCCCGGCCUCCGAUCAGAAUGGGAAACCAGCCUCCGGGAGGAGUUCCUGGGACACAGCCACUGCUGCCCAAUUCCAUGGAUCCCACGCGACAACAAGGGCACCCCAACAUGGGAGGAUCAAUGCAGAGAAUGAACCCUCCCCGAGGCAUGGGGCCUAUGGGGCCCGGCCCACAGACUGACGCUUGGUUAUCGUUGCAGAAUUACGGCAGCGGCAUGAGACCACCACCCAACUCCCUUGGCCCCGCCAUGCCCGGGAUUAACAUGGGCCCGGGAGCUGGCAGACCCUGGCCCAAUCCUAACAGUGCUAACUCAAUUCCAUAUUCCUCCUCAUCACCCGGCACCUACGUGGGACCCCCUGGUGGUGGCGGCCCCCCAGGAACACCCAUCAUGCCUAGUCCUGCAGAUUCAACAAAUUCCAGUGACAACAUCUACACAAUGAUUAACCCGGUGCCGCCUGGAGGCAGCCGGUCCAACUUCCCGAUGGGUCCAGGCUCGGACGGCCCGAUGGGGGGCAUGGGUGGCAUGGAGCCACACCACAUGAACGGCUCGUUAGGGUCAGGUGACAUAGAUGGACUUCCAAAAAAUUCUCCUAACAACAUAAGUGGCAUUAGCAAUCCUCCAGGCACCCCUCGAGACGACGGUGAGCUAGGAGGGAACUUCCUCCACUCCUUCCAGAACGACAAUUAUUCUCCAAGCAUGACGAUGAGUGUGUGAUCCCCCCUCCUCUUCUCUGAGACGCUGAGAGAGCCGGCAUUGCAGGCGGGAAGGUGCCAGAAAUUAUGCAAGAAGAAGUGAGGUGUCAUUACCCAGGAGCUGGGGGAGGGGCAUCUCCUGCUCCCCCUCAACCCUCCCCCUCCCCUCCCCCAACCUUUCUCAAUUUUAGUUUCAUGCAAUAAAAAGGCCGAACUUUUUAUUCCAUAAAACAUGAAGGACAAAGCUCAAAAAUACAUUUCAAGUCAAUGACCAGAAAAAAUCCCACCCCUUGCCCUUUCCCAAAAGGACCUUUUAUGUACAUGACACAUUUUUGUUGUUUUUUGUUGGGGGUUUUACCGUUGUUGGGAUUUUUUUAAUUUGUUUUCAGGGGGGUUUUUUGGGGGAAAAAUUUUUAAAAAUGGAAGCUUCUAGCAAGCCCCCCCCACCCCAAUCAACCUCUUUGCUUUCUUCUUUAAAAAAAAAAAAAAAAGGACAAAAAAAAGCAAAAAACGAAAAACAAAAAACAAAAACCCAAGCCCUGUUGUCUGUCUGUACCCAAGCCCUUCCACCAGGAAAGCUAGUCUAGGUGUGAGAUCUCACCUGUCUUUGUAGCCAUCUAAAAAUAAUAAUAAUAAUUAUAAUAAACUGGGCAGUUUACAA